GAGUUCAUAAUAUAAAUCAAUCAAUCAAUCAAAAAAAAAUUAAAACAUGGCCGACACAGCUGUAGCAACCGAAGCGCCAGCACCGGCGACCACUGCGAAGAAACCCAAGGCGUCCGCGGUCGCCGCCGCUGGCGGUGGCGCCGCCGCCGCCAAGAAACCGAAAGCGAAACCUACACACCCUAAAACUUCGGAAAUGGUGAACAGCGCCAUCAAAGAGUUGAAGGAACGUAGCGGUUCUUCGCUUCAGGCGAUCAAGAAAUACAUCGCUGCUCAAUACAAAGUCGAUUCGGAAAAAUUGGCUCCCUUCAUCAGAAAGUAUCUGAAGAGCGCCGUAGAAUCGGGCACGCUCAUACAGACCAAGGGCAAGGGCGCAUCGGGUUCGUUCAAGCUGGAAUUGAAAUCGUCGGCUUCGAAGAAACCUGCGGGCUCCGGAGCAGGAAGCGGGUCCGGCGGCGGCGGCGGCAGCAAGGCCGCGUCCUCGGCGGCUUCGGGUAAAUCGAAGAAGGCCACGUCUGCUCCGGUCGGCGGCGGCGCCGCGGGCAAGAAAGUGGCCGCCGGCGGUGCUUCGUUCGGCGCGGCGGCGUCUUCGCCGUCCAAAUCUAAGGCGAAGGCUACGAUUAAGGAUAAAAAAGCGGCAGCGGCUAAAAAGAAACCGGCCGCCGCCGCCGCCGCCGCCGCCAAGAAGGCCGCCGCGGCCACCACCACCUGA